AUGUCGGUGCGACCGCGACCGCGACUGCCGUCAUCGCACGUCCUGCUCGAGUGGAUCAGACCCGAUCGAGCAGCGGCCGCGAGACCCGCGAUCGCAGUAUCGACCACCUCGUCUUUGUCGAGUCCUUCGUCGACUAGACCCAGUAGCACCCAAGUCUCGUCGGCUUCAUCGUCGCCUACGCUCGACUUUUUGUACCCAUCCUUUGGCUUCUUUUCGCGCACCUUGCCAACUCCGUCCCCUUCCCCUUCCCCUUCCCCUUCCCCAUCCUCGUCUUCGUCCUCAUUCGCGUCGUCUCCCUCACCUUCGACGUCAUCUUCAGCGCCGUAUUCAGCUCCGAGCGUUGAUCUCAUAACAGGAGUGCGCAUACCGCGAGGCACGGCUCGUCGCGUACCCGUCUCGAGUGCUCCCACCUCCAACUCACGCCGCCCGUCUUCCAACCUCUUGCGAGCAUGCCCGUGUGGACGGACAACAGUGUGCAUGAGGUGCAGAGCCACCAGUUAUAGCGCGCCCACACACGAGACACCCGCAGGUGAACACGAGCAGCCCAUCAGACCCGAUUCUUUGCCGAAUCCUGUCGAUCGGACCUCUAACCCGACUUCGCAAUCUCUCGUCUCCGAUCGCUCUGGCCAACAGGAUGCGAGCCUUACGGAGGAGGGGUCCGCUGUCAAUGGCAGUGGACUACCCCCAGCUCAAAACAGAUACCCCAAAAUACGAAAGCAAAGGCGUGGUGAGUUAUGCCCUGCAACUGCACGCCCCAGAGAGCAAGACCUCGUCUAACACGCUUGUCUUUCGAUUGCAGACAGGCGGUCCAGCUCGCACGAUUCUCCCAUCGAUGCGGAUGCAAUAUCGGUCCCUUGGAUACGAGAUUUUCUUCGCGAUUCCAUCUACAAGUUCGGCCGAGAACCCAUCUCGUUGAGGCCUGUGCCCGUCGCAUCCUAUUCGAGACGUGGUGUACGGACAAGACUUGUUAGUCGGUUCGAGUCGGUCGCAUCUCGCCUCGAUCAACUACAAGCUUUGACGACCUGGCUCGUCGAGGAUCCAGCACGGCUCCAGGAGCUCGAGCUCGAAGAAAGGCUCGACCUCGUCAAACUCACAUCGAGCUUUGUCCGGGCGUUGAAACUGCCGACUCUAGAGCCCGGGGGUCCCGCUUCGGUCAAAGAGGAAGCAAGGCGGAUCGUGAGGUUGCGGCAUGAGGCGGGGAGAAAGAUGGAGGAAUACCUUCACCAGUUGGUGAUGGACGAUCCUAGGCAUCCGCGUUCGAAGGCCAUGCUUUGGAUAGAUGCAAUCGCCCUGCAAGACCGCUUACCCGCUGCCCUUUUAUUCGACCCGGACGUGCACGUGGAUCGCGACGACACCUUAUCCAAGACGUACCUCGCCCACCUGCAGCAAAUCUUUGCGCACGGAGACGAGGGUACAGAAGCACACGCCAAAAGGCAAAAGACCGCAGAAGUGGUCACACCGAUCCUGCUGGAGGCUUGGUCCAGAAACUCCUCGAUCGGCGCCGAACAGGCCCUCCAUCUUUUUUGCGGCUGGGACAUGGUCAAUCUGCUGCAUUUGUACGACACCGCGAACCCGGUCUCUUCCAAUCUUCGGCGCCAAUACGGCUCACUGCUCGGACAACUAGGUCCUUCUCCUCCCGAAUACUAUGCUUCUCUGCCGUCGCGCCGCAUGCGAUGGACCAUGGGUCCUCAUCUUGUCGAGUACCUGUCCACCGCGGGAUCGACCUUGCGCGCGCUACAGAUCAAGACGAUGAUCGAUGAGGAGAAAGCGCUGGACCCUCUGGGCGACAUGACGCGACUGCGAAUGAAUGCGACCUUGCUCGAAGGGUUAUUGGGCAUGCACUACAACCUCGAUGCUGAAGUGCUCGCCGUCGAAGUUCUGCAGCUGGCCCGAAGGGUGGCAGAAGCGGGACCAAUGAAUGAUCGAACGAAAGCUAUCGUCGUGCAUGCGUACAAGAUGGUCAUUCGCUCCGCUGCCGAACUCGGGUCGCCGAACCGCGUCGAUGCGUUGGCGAAAGAACUGGGACAGCUCCCACAGGCCGGAAUCGCCCUCGAGAUGGUGGCGAGAAACGUAAGAGCAGCGGGUCGAUCUACAGGCCUUGCAGACGCGCGCGUGGCGAUGACCGAGGCCGUACAUGUCGUCGAUCCUACCACUGCAAAGGAUCGCGCUCGUCUCGUUUCCAACCUCGUCGAAGCUUACGUCAGCUGCGACGAUCUCGAGGCGGCAAUCACAGCCGUCGACGACUACCUCCUAGCCCACGGCGACCGACCCACGAUCGGGACCAUCAAUUCGCUCAUGUUUGGCUACGCGACCAGGCACGACAUCGACUCGACCUACGCCAUCUUUCGCCGACUUGCAGCGGGCGAGUGGGGUAGCAGGGCGUCUUUGAACCCCAAUGCUGGCUCAUACGAAGCCCUCAUCUGCGCUCAUGCGAACGUGAGAGAUUUCGAUGCCGUCAUCGGCAUCAUGUCCAAGAUGCGCCAAGAAGGCUUCGAGAUGACGCUGAGCGCAUGGACGACCCUGAUGAACCUUCACGUCGAGUUGGGUCAGUACCGCGAGGCUUUCGACAUCUUUGCAUUUCUCGAGAAUUCUCCCAACCCCAAAUUCGUGCCGGAUACGGUGACAUUCAACGUCAUGCUCAAGGCCGCCGUGUUCACCGAGACGCCGGUCGUUACCCAGCUGCAGUGGUUUCAGCAGGCUCUUCAACGCGGGCUUCGACCCAACAUGGUGACUUACCACACCCUGCUGCAAAGCGUCUGUAAUGCUGGCCUGAUCGACGUCGCGGAGGAGAUGUUCAAGGUUAUGGACGAGACGCUCGCCCGAAACCUGGCCUCGUUUAGUGAAACAUCGACGGCGUCCACGGAGUCGCCUUCGUCCGCCAAGUCGCCAACAAGUCUCCCUGUCGCGAUGGACGAUGUCCGACCGGACGUCUUCACCUUUUCGAUCUUGUUGAACGCUUACGUCAAGGCGAACGAGCCUGCGAAAGCACAAGCUUGUCUCCAAGAGAUGAAGAGUAGAGGCAUCGAACCGACUUCGGUCACAUUCGGAAUCAUUGUGGCAUCGAUGGUCGCUGGCGCGAAACGCGCCUCCCCGACGAUCCGUGCGAAGGCCAAGACGUUCGCGCGCAAUUUCCUACAGCUGUCGCCACUUGACGUUCACCGAAAGGACUUAUCCAAAAGCGCCAAGCGUGACAAGGUUCUGGCGAGAGGGGACGAAUUGCUGCACAUCUUUGCGCCGAUCUUGCAAGCGGAGGCAAGGACCGCGAAUGGUCACACGGUUCUAGACACGUUCAAACUUGUCCUCGGCAGUGGAGCGCGACCCUCAAUUGAGCUGUACACGAUUUUGAUGGACGCCUUUCGUCGCGAUGCCGUUGUGCACACUGCGCCAGGCUCCUCGGCCAUGGGUGUUGAGGACGUCGUGACCGUUUGGAACGGCCUCCAUGCUUCAGUCUUGGACGCUUAUGGAUACCCCGUGCAGACCGAACGCGUGGCUACGAACCUGCCUUCGAUCUUUUCCGACCACUUGAGGAUGCGCCCCCCAACACGACGCAUCAGUGCGGCGCAUUGCACCGACCUCUGUCUUCCGGUCACGAUCCUACUCGACACCCUAUCCUCGCCCCCUGCGCUCGAAGCGGGGCACGGCCAUGACCUGUCAAAGAUUUGGGGCGAAUUGUCCGCCGAAGAAUUUCGAUUCGAUGCCGGGACCUACAACGCCCUCGUACGUGCCUUCAUUCGCCAAGGCGAAAUGGAGCGUGCAGCAUGGAUCAUCGAGAACUUGCUCCUCGUGCGUAGCGACGAAGCCUCCGAAGACGAGGUCGAAGGCAGGUUUAGGUCUGCCGAGCGAACCUUCUGGGAUAUCUGGAUAGCAAGAGGGCUGGGCAAUCCUCGCAUGGCGGGCCGGAUCGCUUCUGCGAGUCGACGACACGCGCUCUUCGAUUUCGAUCAAUUGACGCCGGACAUGUUGAGAGAGUAUAUGAGCAGACCAUCGAACCCGGCGCCGAUGUCGAACACCACGUUCGUCGAGGCGAUGAAGUUGGCGCGGAUUGAAAAGCUGAGGAGGUUGUGGAAAGUGAGUAACAAGACGUGGAACGAGUUGGACGAAGCUUUGAUGAGCGGCGAAAUGAGGGAGGAGGAUUUGGAAAGGAGGUUCCCCGUGGCGAUCGACGGUCUAUUUAGAUGGAGGGCCGGGCGUGUAAGGCCCGCAGUCUAG